AAUAAAAAGGACCUGCAGGUGCAGCAUCUCUACGCCCCUGUAUAACUGCAGCAAAAGAGACAGAGAGAACGAGAGAGAAACACUGAAGCUGAAUGGAAGUCUGCUCUUGUUCUACUUAGGGUAAAACUCCUUGGCAGUAAAUCACAAUGGGGUUUCUAAUCCCACUGUGUGUGCCCCUGCUGCUGCUGAUCAAUGGAGGACUGAUCAAAGGACAGACAACAGCUGAUUUCAGUGUGCUUGAUUAUGAUCCUUGCAACAACUACACUGAUCUGGACCAACCCUGGAGAUCCAGUAAUGCAGCUGGAUCAGGAUUUUGUGAUCAUUACUUUGACUGGGAUGGAUGGUACCGUCUGCUCUAUUAUGGGAUGAAUGUCCGCAUGUCAGAGAGCUGUGUUCCUGCAUACAGAUGUGGCACUUAUUACACUCUGUGGCUCAACGGGCCUCAUCCUGACAUAGAGGAUGGAGUGGUCACUCGCCAGGUCUGUGGAAAUGUAGGAUUUGACUGCUGUUACUUCAGUUCCACCACAAUACGAGUGAAAGCCUGCCCAGGAAACUUCUACAUCUAUGAACUUGUCAAGCCAACGUUCUGCAGUGCUGCAUACUGUACAGAUACGAGUACAUUAAACAUGACCACUUCUACAGCGAUGCCCCUCAACACAGAGUCUGUUGAUUUUCCAACAACCAGUCCAUCCACCGCCACCUUUGACCCCUGUGACAACUACACUGUUCUUGAUGAUGUCUGGAGAACAAUGUACAGUUACUACGGCUAUGGAUACUACACUUGGGGUUAUUCCAGCUUCUACAGUAGUCAUGAUGACACCACUACUGAAUGGGACGGCUGGUAUCGACUGUAUCUUCAGGGUGAGAAUGCACAGAUUCCUGAGUGGUGCGUGUACUACAUGACCUCUGGUGGUUACAUCCCACUACUGCUUGGUGGCUCCCAUCCUCUAAUAAAAGACGGAAUUGUAAGCCGAGAAAUCAAUGGCCCAUACAACUAUGGAUACUACAGUGACCAGUGCAAUUACUACAGAUCCAACCCAAUUCAAGUGAAAGCCUGUCCAGGACAUUACUAUGUCUACAAACUCGUCAGGCCAGAUGUGUCCAUACCCGCACCCAUAUACACUGCAGUUAUUUUAAACACUCCCAGUUACGACCCCUGCAGUAACUAUGUCUCCCUGGAUCAACCCUGGAGAGCCAACACUGGAAGUGGAAUGGGAAUUUGUGACAGAAACUUCAACUGGAAUGGCUGGUACCGGCUGUUCUAUUAUGGGAUGAACAUCCGUAUGUCAGAGAGCUGUGUUGAUGUGAACAGAUGUGGUACUUAUUACACUCUGUGGCUCAAAGAUCCUCAUCCUGAGAUAGAGGAUGGAGUCGUCACUCGACAGGUUUGUGGAAAUUCAGGAUAUGACUGCUGUAACUUCAAAUCCAACCCAAUUAGAGUAAAAGCAUGUCCAGGAAAUUACUACGUCUAUGAGCUUUUGAGUCCCAUGACCUGCAAUAUGGCCUACUGCACAGAUGUCAACACCAUAACUCAAACUCCUGCUCCAACAACUGUGGCCAGCAGUGCACAACCUAACAUGACCCUGGCAGGCAAUGUCACCAGCUCCAUGUUUGACCCCUGUGAUAACUACAACGUCCUUGAUGAGUACUGGAGGAGCACUAAGCGCUAUGACACUGGUCAUGAUGAUACGAUUGUUGAAUGGAAUGGCUGGUAUCGGCUCUUCCUUCAGGGAGCGAGCGCUCAGAUGCCUGAGUGGUGUGUGAGCUACAUGACUUGUGGGGGUUACACUCCACUUGCACUUGGUGGUGCUCACCCUCAGGUUCAGGAUGGUAUCGUCAUCAGAGAAGUCUAUGGGUCCAGUGGAAGUCAGUGCACAGCCUACAGAUCCAAUUCAGUCCAAGUCAAAGCCUGCCCAGGAAAUUACUACGUCUAUAAAUUAGUGAAGCCUGAUGUAUCAGUCCCAAUGCCUUCAUACUGUGCAGUAACUGUUAACCACCCCAGUUUUGAUCCAUGUAAUACCUACACUGCUCUGGAUCAACCCUGGAGAUCCAGUAAUGAGACUAACCUGAAUAUUUGUGACCAUUACUACUUUAACUGGAACGGCUGGUAUCGACUGUUCAGUCAUGGGAUGAACACUCGUAUGCCGGAGAGCUGUGUUGAUGUGAACAGAUGUGGCACUUAUUACACUCUGUGGCUCAACGGUCCUCACCCUCAGAUAGAGGAUGGAGUGGUCACUCGUCAGGUCUGUGGAAAUACAGGAUAUGACUGCUAUUACUUCAGAACUACAACCAUUCAAGUCAAGGCAUGCCCAGGAAACUACUAUGUCUAUGAGCUCGUCCGGCCAGAUUACUGCAACAUGGCCUACUGUACAGAUGGCAGCUACAUAACACCAACAUCAGCUCCAGCAAUGCCAGUCACUCCUGAAGAUUUCAGCAUGAACACUAAUUUUACCACAGAGUACAGUUUUGACCCCUGUGAGAACUACACUUCUCUUAAUGAUGAGUGGAGAUCUACUCAGAAUUUCUAUGGCUACAACAGUCAUGACGACACUCUUGUGGAAUGGAGCGGCUGGUAUCGCCUCUAUCUCCAUGGUAACAGUGCUCAGCUUCCAGAGUGGUGUUCAAACUACAUGGCAUGCGGUGGUUACACUCCACUUCUGCUUAACGGCUCUCACCCACGACUUCAGGAUGGAAUUGUGACCCGAGAAAUCUAUGGGUCACGUGGUGACCAGUGCAAAUACUACAGAUCCAACUCAAUCCAAGUCAAAGCCUGUCCAGGACAAUACUACGUCUAUGAACUUCUCACACCGGAUGUUUCGAUCCCCAUACCAACUUACUGUGCAGUUAGUUUCAGUAUCUCCAGUUAUGACCCUUGUACUAACUACACCUCUCUCGACCAACCCUGGAGAGCCAGUAAUGCCACUGGAUUGGAUAUUUAUGACAGUAGCUUCAACUGGAAUGGCUGGUACCGGCUUUUCUAUUAUGGAAUGAAUAUCCAUAUGGCAGAGAGCUGUGUUUCUACAUACAGAUGUGGGUCAUAUUACACUCUGUGGCUCAAUGGUGCUCACCCUCAGAUUGAGGAUGGGGUGGUUGCUCGCCAGGUCUGUGGAAACAUCGGAUCAAGCUGCUGUCACUUUGGUUUUCAUGCAAUUCAAGUGAAGGCUUGCCCUGGCAACUACUAUGUUUACCAGCUUACCGAUCCGAAGGAUUCCUACAACAACUACUACUACUACUACUACUACUACUAUUACUACAACUACUACUACUACUACUACAACUAUGACACCUACUACUACCAUAACUACUACUGGAGUCCCAUGGCAUACUGUACAGAUGCCAGCAGCAUAACCCCGAUCCAAACUACAGUGACUACAGGCAAUGAAUCCAGUAUAACAAUCACUCCAUCACCUUAUGAUUCUAACUUUGACCCCUGUUACAACCACACUGUUCUCAAUGAAGACUGGAGGAACAUAUACUAUUCCUACACUGGUCAUGACGACACCACUGUUGAGUGGGACGGAUGGUACCGGUUUUAUCUUCAAGGAAGAAAUGCUCAGAUAUCUGAGGGAUGUGUGAGCUACAGAAAAUGUGGUGGUCACACUCCACUGGUGCUUGGUGGCUCUCACCCACGAGAACAGGAUGGCAUUGUUACACGAAGUGUUCUGGCGUUCUCUGAUACCAACUGCAAUUCAGUGUCCCAAUCCAAACCAAUCCAAGUGAAGGCCUGUCCAGGACAUUACUAUGUCUACAAACUCGCCAGGCCAGAUGUGUCCUAUGUAAUGCCAACAUACUGCGCAGUGGCUUACGAUUACCCAAACACUGACCCCUGUGAUAACUACAAUGUUCUGGACCAGUCCUGGAGAGCCACAAACAAUGCAGACCGGAACUAUGACUAUUACUAUUGGUGGUGGUACGCAUGGUGCGACAGCUACACAAGCUGGAAUGGCUGGUAUCGUCUUCUGUAUCACGGCAAUAACAUCCGGAUGCCAGAGUCAUGUGUUAAUCAGGGCAUGUGUGGCACUGAUAUCCCUCUCUGGCUGAAUGGUUCUCAUCCUCGACUGGAAGAUGGAGUGGUCAGUCGGCAGGUCUGUGGGAGCUGGUACGGUGACUGCUGCUAUUUUAAAUCUUACCCCAUUCAAGUGAAAGCUUGUCCAGGAAAUUAUUAUGUAUAUGAGUUUGUCAGUCCAGUCACCUGCUCAUCAGCAUAUUGUGCAGAUGUUGCACAUAUUACUAUGACUGAGGCCCCCACUACAGCAAUGGUGGACCCCUGUAAGGAGCUGAACUGCACUGCAGACGAGUGGUGUGGGGAGAGCAAUGGGGUCUAUGGCUGCUUCUGUAAUGAGAACAAUCCCAGACCAGGCAACGACUCUUAUGACUCCAAAGAAGAGUGUGAGAGCAGCUCUGGCACCAUGUCUCUGUCCCGCUGUCAGCUCUUUGAAGCUGGUUUCUCUGCUGACCUCCUGCACCUGAGCGACCCCAACUGCACAGGGACAAUCCAGAACGGCAGACUGGUCUUCCAUUUUAAUAACGAUGACCAUAUCUGUGGCACCAGUCUCAUGGCCAACGGAACCCACUUCAUCUAUGAGAACACUAUCCAGGGGGGAGCAGACUCAGGAGGAGGACCCAUCCACAGAAAGAAAUAUCUAGAACUGCAGUUCUCCUGCAUUUAUCAGAUCAGCCAGACACUCUCCAUGGACACCGAAUUGACCCCUCUGCAGAGCGUAGUGCACAAGAACCUUCCAGAUGGUCAGGGGAUGUACCAGGUCAGAAUCGUUCCCUAUCAGGAUGCUGCCCUCUCCCAACCUUACAACGGCAGUGUGAAGAUAGUGGUGGACGAGAGGAUCUAUGUGGGAGUGUUUGUUCAGGGGGUGGACAGUCGUCAGAUUGCCACAGUGAUAGACUCAUGUUGGGCCACUCCUGAGAGGGACCAGCACCAUGCUGUCCGCUGGGAUCUCAUCACUAACAGAUGUCCUAAUUCAGCAGAUAAGACAGUGGAAGUUCUUCAGAAUGGUGUCUCCACUACUGGCCUUUUCUCCUUCAAGAUGUUUGCCUUUAACGGGAACUACCAGAAGGUUUUCCUUCAUUGCUCCAUUUACCUUUGCCUUCUGCAAAACAACAACUGUGCAAAGGACUGUGUCCCUGGAUUUCACCCAAGGGUUGGCCGGUCUGUGAACAACCAUGACCUGGCCUCCAUAUCUGUGGGACCAUUCAUUUGGACAACUUAAAGCACAGGUGCAUGGACUCCACAGAUAAUGAAGGUUCAGAUCUUCUGACUCUACACACCCUUAGAAAGAACGAUUAUACACAACCCUGAUCUAAUCUCUUUUCAGUAAUUGUGCCACUAGUGCCAUUCUGAAUUUUUAUUUCAUUUUAAUAAUCUGCUUGGGAAUGAGUUUCUGCAACUGAAGAAAUAUAUAUAAUCAAGAUAUGCCGACUGUUAAAUUACAUACAUGAGCAUUAUUCGCCACUGACUUUGAUUUUUGUUGAUUUUUUUCAAAUAUGGAUAUAAUUAUCCAUGAUUACUAUGGUGAUUACUUUAUAUUAGCAUUAUAUAAUAAAUGUAUCUGACAAGCAUUA